AGUUGCCACUCCCGUCCCAAACCCUUCCCCGAAUCACUCCACCGAAAGCGGCGCUGCUGAGGAAGGCCGACGCGGCCACGGCCACGCUCUCCGCCGCCGCCACCGCCACCGCCACCGUCUCGUCGCUGCAUAGUUCGCCGGCCUCCCGUCUCUCUCGAAUCUAGAGACGCACGCCGAGCUCAGAGACCCGAUCCUGCUAAGGUUUGGUUGGUAGCUCGAGCAGCCGACGGCGACGACGCACACCCAGUUCCCGGCGAUGUCGGCGGCUGCCACCGCUGGGACCUACUCUCCGGCUUCUGCCGCGGGGGAAAAGCGUCGGGAGAGGAAGGAGGAGCUGCGGCGCCACCUCGCCGAGGACGCCGACUGGCCCCGCGCCGACGGCCGCUCCUUCCACGACUGCCGUCCUGCAUUUAUGCAAACAGGACCAACAACCGCUGCAUCAGGAUCUGCUUAUGCAGAAUUUGGGAAGACAAAGGUCAUUGUGUCAGUGUUUGGACCGAGAGAAAGCAAGAAAGCAAUGUUGUACAGUGAUACUGGUAGACUCAAUUGCAAUGUGAGCUACACAACAUUUGCCACUCCUAUACGUGGGCAGUUUGCAUCUUUGUUCCAGGGAACAGAUAACAAGGAGUACUCCGCAAUGCUUCAUAAAGCUCUGGAAGGCGCAGUGAUGUUGCACACUUUUCCAAAGACCACUGUUGAUGUUUUUGCCUUGGUUCUUGAGUCUGGUGGCAGUGAUCUUCCCAUCAUUAUUUCUUGUGCUAGUCUUGCGUUGGCUGAUGCUGGAAUCAUGAUGUAUGACCUUGUUACAUCAGUAUCUGUGUCCUGUUUUGGGAAGAACAUAAUCAUUGAUCCAACCUCUGACGAGGAAGCAUGGCAAGACGGCAGCCUUAUGGUGGCGUACAUGCCAGCCCGCAAAGAGAUCACGCAGCUAACUCUUACUGGAGAGUGGUCUGAUGGCAAAAUCACGAACGCGGUGGAGCUCUGCAUGGAUGCCUGCAGUAAGCUCUGUGACAUACUUCGGGAGCGCUUGAAAGAUGCUUCCAGCUUGGCUGAGUGAAUAAAGUUUUAGCAGCAGGAUGUUGCAAGCUCAAACAGAUAUCCUUAGCUGUACAAAUUUUGUAGGCAAGGGAGGCUGAUGCCUGAUGUUUGCGGGACUACAUGAUUAUAUGCUGAUUGUUUCCUUUGCAAAACAGCUAAUUGUUCAGAGAGAAAGUAGCAUUGUCUGUAUGUUGUUUUGUACUACUCCUGAUUGUAAUACUUUAUAGAUGAAGCCAUAAAAGAAUGCAAAAUUAGCUUAUUGUGGGAUCUAAAGGACAUAGCUAAUAUUUUGAAAAUGGUUCCAUGUGAGAUAAGGAUCAAUUGAAAAGAAUGAAAGAAACAAGGAAACCUCUCACCUCA